CGCAUUUGUCUACCAUACCACCACACCCAUCCAUAGCAAGAAUCUUAACAUUCUCAACCACGUUUGAAUGAUGGAAAAUCCACAAUCUGUUCAGUUAAAUAAUUAUGUUGGCUUCGAUUCCAUUACUUCCCAAAUCAACCGUAAAUUAGUCCGCCGUGGAUUUCAAUUUAACGUUAUGGUAGUGGGUCCUUCUGGAAGUGGAAAGAGUACACUUGUUAAUACCUUAUUCUCUGCUCAUUUAAUGAACAGCAAAGGCCGAGUUGAUAUUCAGACUCCAUAUCGCCAGACUACUGAGAUUAAUGUUACCAGUCAUGCGGUACAUGAAAAUCGUGUUCAAUUGCAGUUAAAUCUCAUUGAUACACCUGGUUACGGCGACCAAAUAAACAAUGACAAAUGUUGGGAACCUAUUGUCAAGUACAUUCGUGAUCAACAUUCUUCCUAUUUGCGACGUGAAUUAAACUCUCAUCGUGAAAAGCGUCUUCAAGACACCAGAGUGCAUUGCUGUCUAUUCUUUAUUCGUCCCACUGGUCAUUCUUUACGCCCUAUUGAUAUUGCUGUCUUGAAACGCCUUACUGAGCUCGUAAACGUCGUUCCUGUAAUCGCCAAGUCAGACUCUUUAACUCUCGAAGAGCGCGGUGCUUUCAAGCAACAGAUUAGAGAAGAGAUUGCAAAGCAUGAUAUUAAAUUGUAUCCUUAUGAUAGCGAUGAUAUUGAUGAUGAAGAGCUAAGCCUUAAUGCAGCCGUUCGUAAUCUUAUUCCGUUUGCUGUUGUCGGCUCAGAAAAGAAUAUUAUUGUCGAUGGAAAGCCUAUUCGUGGACGACAGAACAGAUGGGGUGUCGUUAAUGUCGAUGAUGAAAACCACUGUGAAUUUGUUUUCCUUCGUAACUUUUUAAUGCGCACUCAUUUGCAUGAUCUUAUAGAAACUACUUCCUUAUAUCACUAUGAAAGAUUCCGUUCCAAACAACUCAGCAGCUUAAAGGAACAAUCUUCCAUGGCCUCUAGAAUGGCAAGUCCUACUCCUACUUUCCCUACUGACCAUCUUCACCCAUCUGCUACUAUCGCAAAUUAGUCUUUUUUAUUUCAACUUUUCGACAAGCAUUAAUAUUCAAUAAUAUAUUAGUUUAUUCUAUCUCAAAUUUAUUCUAAGGUAAUGUGGACAAA